AUGGAGUGCGAUAGAAUCAGCACAUUACCAGAUCAUUUGGUAGCUAAGAUAGUCUCAUACCUUGGGAUCAAAGAUUCGAUUAAGACAAGCGUUUUAUCUAAGAGAUGGGAAUUUGUCUGGCUAAAGGUUGUCGGAUUGGACUUAAAGAACUGUGACUUCCCUCCUAAUGGAAUAGCCUCCCAGAUGGUCGUGAACAAAUAUAUGGAGUUUAAUAGUGGGUUACACAUGCAAUACUUCAAGGUAAACUUUGGCGGUAACACUGUAUGUACCAACAGAUUCUUGGAGUGGAUCGCCACUGCGGUUGAUCGCGGAGUUCAACAUCUAGAUGCUGAGAACAAGAAUCCUGUCAUUAUUAAAGAAUUCAUGCCUAAGAAGAUUUAUAAGAGCAAGACAUUGGUUUCUUUAAAGCUUGCAAUAAAGAUCUUCCUUAAGGCUCGUCAUUUCAUUUCAGUAUUUAUAGUACUGCAAGGACAGUCUAUAGUACAGUUUUCUUCUCGAUGUGGGACUUUCUCUUGA